GGUGCUGUGCGCACGUCGCUACUCGUCGUUGGGCAAAGAACGUGAAAUUUGACUAUCUCGUAAACUUAAACUACAAAAUUACUUGGAAUUGUAAUAUAAUGGUUAUUAAAUAUUAGAACAAAAAAAUUCAGUUAAAUUGCUUUCGUGCUUAACCAGCGAUGGAAUACUUAACAACAAUUUGAAAACUUUUUAGAUAAGGCGGUGGCAGCUACAAGUAUUGCGUCUCGAUGUGCGGCCGAGAGCGGCGCCGGGCAGGGCAGAAUGCUGGUGCAUCUCCUACUACUUAGCACCGCCCUCGCAGCUGUCACCAGCGGCAAGCACGGAGGUGUGGACGCCCCGGAGUUCGGCGAGCCCCUCACCAACCUGACGGUUCCCAUCGGACGAGACGCGACAUUCAAAUGUAUUGUCGUCAAUUUAGGCAAUUAUCGGGUGGGCUGGGUGAAGGCGGACACAAAAGCGAUACAGGCAAUACACGAGCACGUCAUCACGCACAACCACCGCGUCUCCGUGUCACACAGCGACCACUUCACCUGGUACCUGCACAUCAAGAACGUGCAAGAGGAGGACCGCGGACAAUACAUGUGUCAGAUUAACACGGAUCCUAUGAAGAGUCAAAUGGGAUUCUUAGAAGUCGUAAUACCACCUGAUUUCAUUCCUGAAGAGACAUCAGGUGACACCAUGGUGCCAGAGGGAGGUACCGCGCGUGUGUCCUGCAAGGCAAGAGGGAUACCACCACCGCGGGUCAUGUGGAAACGUGAAGACGGCCAGGAAAUUGUUGUGAGAGAUCAAAACGGAUCGAAAACUAAAGUAUUGUCUUUCCAAGGCGAAGUUUUAAAAUUGUCAAAAAUUUCGCGAUCUGAAAUGGGAACAUACUUAUGCAUUGCAAGCAACGGGAUUCCGCCAACAGUUAGCAAGAGGAUUCAUAUCAGCGUGCAUUUUCAUCCAGUGAUCCAAGUGCCCAACCAGCUCGUAGGCGCACCGCUGGGUACAGACGUCACUCUCGAAUGCUACGUCGAGUCCUCUCCCAAGUCAAUCAAUUACUGGGUUAAGGAUCCUGGUGAGCUGAUUAUACCAUCUGAGCACCACGAGAUGACGGUGCGACAGAAGUCCAUGUUCGAAGCGGAAAUGUCUAUGACCAUUAAAAAUAUACGACGCGAGGACUUGGGCAGUUACAUUUGUGUAGCCAAGAAUUCUCUUGGUGAUGUUGAAAGCAAGAUUCGUUUAUAUGAAAUACCAGGUAACGACAGACAUGUGUAUCAAUAUCCAGAUGAGAGGACAACAUCCGAUGACGAGUACGGAACAGAAAUAUACGAUGACGAAGAUAUUCCGAAUAACAAUGAAAAUGAGAAAAGCAAUCGAGUGCCGGAUCGCGCCAAUAAAUGGUACUCGAACGAUGGCAAAAUUGUUAUAACUACUCCUAAUGGUGCGCCUACUACGUUCACCGCAACAUUAACUGUAACUAUCGUCUUCCUACUUCCUACAUUUAUUUAAACGACUAUCCGAUGAAAUAAACUAAAGUUAAUGGCAUAAUUAGACUACGACAUUAUACACGGUACACUCAGAGUAUACAUCAAAGUGUUUCUCUCUGUAUGAACACGAGUGUCUAUUGUUUCAUCCCUACAAUUGUAAACAGAACAGACAUUGAUGUCGGAAUUUACGAGUAUGUCGAACUCUAGUUGAACCUUAUCGUUAAUUAUUUGUUAUAACUACUGUUUACUGCUCCAAUAUAUAAAAAAUAUAAUAUGUAAAUAAGAUGUUCACUCAACCUGGAGACAAAUAUUGAAGACAAAAUAAUUCUAUUCCUUCUUAGCUUUGUCAGAAUCAACUGCGCUUUCCUGUUGAUCUCGCCUAUUCCUCUAACCAAUGGAAGCGAAACAUGAACAGAGACGACGU